GUAAAAAUAAUGGGAGGAAAAGCCCCUCAAGAGGAAGAAGAUAAUUGGGCAAAAGCUACUAGAAAGAGAGCUAGCAAUUCAGUCCAUAAAGUCUCCAAACUCAAAGGCCUAGUCAAACAAAUCGAAAUGGGGCUGAACGAAGAAGGCAAACUUACAGGGAUGCCAGACGUAUGGGCGAAACUAUUGGAGUGAGAUGAUAUUCUAGCUGAAGAGUCAAUAAUAGAGACUGACUUACUUCCUGAUGAGGUUGUCCCUGUUAUAGAUUCCAAUAUUAUUAACUAUGUUAAGCAAUCUAAGCCUGGAAAAUUCAUUAUCUCCUUUCCAAGUGAAGAAGAAAAAGAAGAAAUCAAAGCCCCAGAAAUGGAAGUUGAGGUAGAAGUAGAUGAAAAUGAGGAGGAAGGAAUUUCAGGUCUCACACCUCAACUGAAAUCAGAUUUCAAAGAGGCUGGAUUUACCAGAAAAGAUGUUAUCAACGAUCCUAUAAGCGUUUUGGAAACCUUAACUUUGAUACGAAGGCAAAAAGCUGGGUCAAUUCAUCCACUACCAACAAAUUCAGAAUAUCGGAAAUAAAGAAAAGAAAAGUAUUGUUUUUAUCAAAUCGGAUCCUUCCAAAGAUUAUAUUAUCCUCAACGAAAUUGGAGAAGGAGGGUUUGGAAAGGUAUAUAUGUGCACAAAGAUUGCUGACCAGAAAAUCUACGCUCUAAAGUACAUGGAUAUUACCUCCAACAAGCAAAAAGUAUACAUCGGGAAUGAAAUUACCAUAAUGAGAACAACUGAUGAUCCCAAUGUUGUUAAGCUACAUGACGUGUACCUGUACAAAGGGAGGAUCUUUAUGGUAAUGGACUACCUCGACGGGGGAUGCCUCACCCCUGUGGUUGAAGACAUGAAUCUAGACAUCCCUGAAAAUGUAAUAGGCUACAUUCUUAGAGAGACUCUUCAAGGUAUCUAUAGUCUCCAUAAAAGAGGGAUAAUUCAUCGUGAUAUCAAGAGCGAUAAUAUUUUGAUCGAAAAGGAUACUGCUGCCAUUAAAUUAACCGAUUUCGGCUAUUCAUGCCAGUUAACUCAAGAGAAAAGAAUGAGGGAAUCCCGAGUAGGCACUUUAUACUGGAUGGCACCAGAAUUACUAAAAGGGGAUAAUAAAUAUAAUGAGAAAUGAGAUAUUUGGAGUCUUGGAGUAUUUGCAUUUGAAUUAGCUCAAGGUUUUCCACCUUUUCCAAAGAAAGGAACUCAGAAGACAAUCUAUCACAUACUUUCGAGGCCUUCUCCAACUCUAGCAGUCCCUGAAAAAUGGAGUGAUUUAUUCAACUCCUUUAUUGAAUGCUGAAUGGUUAAAGAUUACAACGACAGACCAUCAGCUGCUGAAUUACUUCUCCAUCCAUUCAUCAAUGAAAAAUUUGAUUAUGAAACAGCUAAACAAGAUUACAUGAUUUUCAAGGCAGAUGUGCUUAAAAAGCUAGGCAAAAUCAGUGAAGACUAUGACGGUGAAAUCUUCGCCCGUAUGGAUAGCUUAACUGACCAAAGAUUACGUUCAAAAACUGUCAAGAAGGUAAAAUAAACGCUCAGGAUAAUUUAUCAGAUUUAUACCCAAUUUUCAUUUUA